AUGUUGGACAGAAUACCCGCAGAAGUCGUUCUGCUAAUCGCUGACCACAUCCGACAAAAACGCGAUUUACUCAGUCUUUCACAAGUGUCGAAGCAUCUCCUCCAUUCAAUAACGCCAAUUAUAUACAAAUCGAUUACACUAUCCUCCAGCGAAUGGGAUAUCUCAAAUCUGAAGACGGGCCUUAUCCUGAAGUACAGCGCUCGCCAUGUACGUUUCGUGAAGAGUCUCGAAGUAGCCGCCCCCUUUCAUCGGCGUCUCCGCACACGCUGUUCUGAAGAGAGCGACUUGGAAGAUGAAGCUUCUGAGGGGAGUGAUGAUGGUGUGGUUGAGUUGAAUAGAGCUGUCAGCACGGAUAGUUUCUCUAGUGAAGAUCUUGAUAUCGACUCGAGCGAAACUGUUACUGCUUCAAUCGGCAUUGAGUUGGAGGGUGCCGUUAUGGACUGGGAUGCACGGACAGAAAGCACAACUUCGGCAACUGUGCCAACCCACGAUGGGCUUAUGAUGAACCUAGAAUCCCAUUUAAUACCUCUCCUUGAGUGUAUUCCCGAAGGACAACUUCAAAUGUUCAGGUAUCACUAUCUUCUUAUUUUAGGGUGA